GAAAGCUUCAUAGUUUUUGUUAUUGUAGCAGCUAGCAAGCCCCGCUAGGAGCAGGCAGAAUCAGUCUUAAGUCAUUGAACCGAAGUGAGAGUUGGUUUUAGAGGGCAGGCAAAGCAGUGGUUUGUCGAUUCCGGUCUCUCGUGGCAGUUUGAGCUCUUGGUCUGCAGUUGAUGGUGGUUGGUUUUUGACAAAUGAUUUUCCGCACCGGAGCAGACCCGAGUUUUAUCCAGCCAGGAGUUGCGACCUAACCGCCAGGAGUUCAGCAGAUUUCGUCGUUGUUUUCAUUUCUCGAUUAUGCCACCACCGAAUUGUCAUUCAGAAAUAAUGGGAAAUAUUUGUAAGCAUUUCAAACCGACAGAAUUUGAAAUUGAUUAUAAUUACCUAAUCGAGGAUUGUCUACUAGUAUACCGUAAUGAUGACAUUGAGGUGAUAUCGGAAGGUAUUUGCUUCAUGAUUACCGGAAAAUUAUUGCUGACUUGCGAGCGCUUUUUCAUAGAUUUCCUAGUGAAUAAUCCAGCUCAAGAUGUGGCACUCCAUCUCAGUGCACGGCUGCCACAGAAUUAUAUGGUGCGCAAUAGCAGAGUCAACAAAGUGUGGGGCGUUGAGGAGAACGCUUCACCGAUAACGCUUUCAUUGCGCCGUGGCCACAACUUCGUCAUACAAGUUCUCGUAACUCAGAGCGCUUUCCUGAUAUCUGUGAAUGGACAUCAUUUUGCUGCGUAUCGACAUUGUAUACCAUACUACUUGAUUACCUCUGUGUUGGUAAAGGGUGAGGUCAAAGAUAUAGCAAUGCAGCAAACGAGGGUUGCCACUUACCCCGAACGCUUAGAUAGCAUAAGGCCUAUAGAGGUGGUGCUUAAAAGUAGUAUUGGACCCAACCGCUCAACGCGGUCUGGUUAUGCCGAAAUGACAGCGCCCGUCAAGGGUUGGCGGUUCAGUAUCGUACUGAGAGUUUUGACAUGGCAACUGGAACUGUCGACACCUUUUCUGGGUUCAUUGCCGCCGAAUAUCAUGAAGCCAGGUCGUUUCCUUACGAUCGAGGGACGUGUCAAAUUAUUGCCCUUAUCCUUCUUCAUAAGCUUACAGAAUGGUGUCUACUUUUGGCCACAUCCCACAGUGGCCUUUCAUCUCGGCUCAUACUUUUCCAACAAAAGUGAGAAUAUUUCUAAAGCGAAACUUGUACGUGCCGCAUGGUACGAUGGCGACUGGUCACCCGAAGAACUCUCCUAUAUUGACACUGAAUUUCUGCCUGGUAAAAGCUUUCGUAUUGCCAUUGUGUGUGUGGAAGAUGCUUUCGAAGUGUAUUUGAACGGCAAAUAUCUGCUCGAUUUCAAAUAUCACAUGAGACCAGAAGUGGUGGACACCGUGUACAUAUGUGGCGAUGUCAAGCUAAAUUGGGUAUCAUUACACAGCAAUGUCGAAGAUGAUGGCACUACAUUACGGUAUUUUACGAAAAAAUUUGUUAAGCGAAAUUCUCAGAAUUCACCAGUUUCGGCUUGAGCUAUUUUACGGUACAAGGUCAUCGUUCUAUGUGUGUGUGUGUGUGUGUGUGUAAAUGGUUAAAACAAUAUUAUUUUAUAUUUCCCAAUUUAAUUAUUAUUUUUCUUUAGCUCUAAAGGAAAUUAGUGGUUUCUUUAGUUACUUAUAAAAAGUACGAAAAAAUAGCGAAAAAAACGACGUGUUUCGAAUUUGGAUUUGUAAUCUAAUAGUAGGCCACAGAAGUGCGGUUACUCG